AUGGUGCUGAACAGUCAGUUUGCAGACAGACCCGCCGCUAGAAGGCGUCUGCGCGGCGGCCCUCUGAGGACCUACUGCGGCUGUUCGGGUAGUGGUUUAUCGUUAAAGAGAGAAAAAUAAUUUAAAUAUAUAUUAAACUUUAUUUUAACUUGUACCGUUUUAGCCAGUUAUUCACGUAGUUCCAAAGCUGAUUUUAUUUCGGAGAUACUGGCAUUUGCUUAACUAGAAAACGACUAAUUAAGGAGACGAGGGCAGGGACACGGAUGUGGAGGUACCGCAAACCCACUUUUCAGCUGCUGCUCCUGGAGGAGCUGCAGAGGCAGCAGAGGAGCAGCAUACUGUGUGACACCAUUUUGCAAGCUGAUGGUAUAUCUGUUCCGGCACACAGCUGUGUCCUCUCUGCCAUCAGUCCCCAAUUUUCCCGUACACUCUCUGCUGCCCCACCCCUGCCGCUUGGCCAAAGCCACCUGCUGCAGUUCCCGGCAGUCAGAGCCCACACUCUUCUAAAGCUGGUGGGCUUCCUGUACUCGGGAGAACUGGAGGGUUCGGGGGAGCGUGAGAGAAAGGAAUUGAUCACUGCUGCCUGGAAAUUGGGCAUUGAGGGUCUAGAGGAGGUUGGCAGGAAAGAGGGAGAGACGCUGGAGAAGCAUAACGGCAGAGUGACAGAAGAUGCGAAGGACUGUGAAGACGAUAGCGCUGAGGUCAAAGAGUUGGGGAGAAGAUGGGAGGAAUCUGAAGGUCUGAUCGAGCAAGCAGAUGGAACGAGGGGGCCUGGCAUGGUGAAAGACAAAGGUAUGCAAACUGAAUCUCCAAAAAACAGACAAGGGGUUUGCUGGAUGACAGGAGUGGGAGACAGUGGAGGAGAGGACCAGGACAUGAAUAUAGAGAGCAGUUAUGUGCCCCUGCUCAAGAAGGCAACGGACAGUGAGAGCCAGACUGGGGUCAGUGGAAUGACAGUAGGUGGGGUAGACAUGGAAACACAGACACAUGUGUCUGUCCUGAGAAUCAGAGAGACAGACACAGGUACACAGACUGAUAUACCUGUCUGGAUGGACAGAGAGAGAGAGACUGGUACACAGACAGACGUACCUGUCUGGAUGGACAGAGAGAGAGAGACUGGUACACAGACAGACAUACCUGUCUGGAUGGACAGAGAGAGAGAGACUGGUACACAGACAGACGUACCUGUCUGGAUGGACAGAGAGAGAGAGACUGGUACACAGACAGACGUACCUGUCUGGAUGGACAGAGAGAGAGAGACUGGUACACAGACAGACAUACCUGUCUGGAUGGACAGAGAGAGAGAGACUGGUACACAGACAGACAUACCUGUCUGGAUGGACAGAAAGACAGACACAGGUACACAGACUGAUAUACCUGUCUCAGUGGACAGAGAGACAGACACAGGUACACAGACUGAUAUACCUGUCUCAGUGGACAGAGAGACAGACACAGGUACACAGACUGAUAUACCUGUCUCAGUGGACAGAGAGACAGACACAAGUACACAGACUGAUAUACCUGUCUCAGUGGACAGAGAGACAGACACAGGUACACAGACUGAUAUACCUGUCUCAGUGGACAGAGAGACAGACACAGGUACACAGACUGAUAUACCUGUCUCAGUGGACAGAGAGACAGACACAAGUACACUGACAGACUUAUCUGUCUGGAGGAAGCGACGGACAGAAGCAGAUGAUGGUGAUACCUCCAUUUUGCCCCUCCCCCCAAUGUCAGCAUGCUCCACUCCCAGCUCUGAAUGGACCUGGGCUGACCCCCAGUCAACAAGAUUCCCCGCCCCAUUACUACCCAGCGCCAAGCCGCUGGCUUUCUGCGCAGCCUCAUGGCCCCUGCAGUUGAGUCAGGUGUCUGGUGGCCCACUGCGCGACAGGGAGGACGCCAGUGCGCUGUUGCCUGCAGGGGAAGGUGUUGCUCAGCUGGCGAAUGCUGGUCAUGUGACACACAGACAUAAGGCCUGCUUUGUCACUCCCACCCUGGUCGGUCAUACAGUCGCUGAUAAUCCCAUCAUGAACAUCAAAUUUGACAAAAGUUCUUCUCUCCCAGCUUCAGUUGUUACACACCCUCCGAGCGACACCGCCCCCCCUGAAGCCCCAUUUACAGCUAACACCACUGCUGAAACAGAUGAAAAUUCUCCCACCCCAAGUGUUAGUACCCCUGCUGUUCCCGCUACUUCUGCUCAUUCUGUUCACCAUUCAGAUACAGUUGCCCCUGCACCAUUGAUUAUUGCCCCAACUUCAGAGAUCAUCGCCGGUGAUACUGCGGCUGCUGAGUCAGCCUCUCUGGUGGUCACAGCCGGUGUGUCUGGUGGGUCUGACGUCCGUCUGCUCAGUGUUUCAGAGGCUGCUCGCAGCUCUUCCUCAGCAGCAGCAGAUCUGUCUCCUGAUGCCCCAGUUGCCGAGGCGAUGGCUCAACACUGCAUGGCAUUGCCCACAAAUCCACCACGCAUCUCGCUUCCACACACAGCUCUUCUGCCUCCGUCUGGAGAUUGCUGCUCAUCACCUCGCACUCUUCUGAGCAUCCCUCAGGGGGCCGAUUUGGAAGUCCCUGGUGGAAGAACCAUUCGAUCGUCUACCUCCCCCGUCUGCAUCCUGUCCCAGGGGCUAUGUGAUUGUCCGCUAAUCCCUGCUGCCUCUCCCAUGCUUGCUCAGGUGGAAGAGCAUCACCCCCCCCAAAUCCCUUCCUUUCCUUCAGUGCAGGCAGGGAUGGACUUCCAGGGGGCCAUUGCCACCGUACAGAAGAAUACAAGUGGACAUUUUGGAUCCGGGGGUGGAAAGAUUGUCGGAGAUGGUGUCCCGGGACUGGAUGCAGAGCAGAACAGGGAAUUUGAGCGGUUUGAGGGCAACAUUGUAGGCUUUAUCAACUACUUCCUGAAUCCAAACUCAUCUCAAGAAGAGAGCGCCCAUGCUGGGGUAGGGAAGAGCAAUGUUACCGGGCACCGGGAAAUGGCACCUAGUGGGCCGAGGAAGAGAGGGAGGCCGAGGAAGAGAGGGAGGCCAAGGACGACAGGGAUGGUCAGGACAGAGGUGAUAGCGGAAGGGGAGCGAGGAAAUCCAUCCUCACUGGGAAGGGGCUGUGGAAGAGAACGUAUAGAGCUCAGGCCAAGGAGUCCACAGAAAGCUGUCAGUAUAGUGCCCAGGAGGGACCGGGGGCGAGGCAGGGGGGGUGUCAGGGUUGGGGUCAGAAGCAGACAGCAGCCAAUCAAGAUGAGGCUGAGGAAACAACCUGAGGGAGGGGUGUGGGAGAUCGUGGAUGCGAGGGCGGAGGCUUUCAGAGCUCCAACACGAAGAAGGGGACGACCAUGCAAAGGGGCCGUUGAGAGACAGGCAUACGCUCAGGACGUAUUCCCAGUCAUAAAGAGGCAGAGGGGUCAGCACAGGGUCCACCCCUUCCGAAUUUCCUCUCUUCCCAGUCAGGUUUUCAGUGCCUUUGUCUCUCUGCCUGAUCUUGCAGAGCUGUCCACAUACCAGUCUCCCUUUCUGUCCGCCCGUGGCUGGCACCCCCUGCAGGCCCAGCCCCGAGCUCCGCUGCCCCCACCCUCCCCACAGGCUGCCCCCGAGGAGUCGGCCGAGCAGUUUGAGAAGCUCCUGGAUGAUAUGGUGGGGCUUGUUAUGAGACUCGAUGACAAUGCUGAGAGUGCCUGCGCUGAUGACAGCGCCGCUGGGGGGACUGCCAGCUUCCUGCAGCCCCAUCCACAUCCCUCCGCCAGCCCUCACAUGAUGGAUGUGGUCAGCCCUGGUUCUCCUCCUUCAGAGGUUGUUAUAAACACUUCUCCCUGCAAUGUCACUCCUGCUACGGCCUCCGAGUGUGAUUUUGCUGUCACGGCUAAUCCAGUAUCUCUGCUGUCUGUCACUGCCGCACCGGAUGCAUCUGUCCCCCACACAAAGACUCCUGCUCCUCUUCAUGUCCCCCACACAAAGACUCCUGUUCCUCUUCAUGUCCCCCACACAAAGACUCCUGCUCCUCUUCAUGUCCCCCACACAAAGACUCCUGUUCCUCUUCAUGUCCCCCACACAAAGACUCCUGUUCCUCUUCAUGUCCCCCACACAAAGACUCCUGCUCCUCUUCAUGUCCCCCACACAAAGACUCCUGUUCCUCUUCAUGUCCCCCACACAAAGACUCCUGUUCCUCUUCAUGUCCCCCACACAAAGACUCCUGCUCCUCUUCAUGUCCCCCACACAAAGACUCCUGCUCCUCUUCAUGUCCCCCACACAAAGACUCCUGUUCCUCUUCAUGUCCCCCACACAAAGACUCCUGCUCCUCUUCAUGUCCCCCACACAAAGACUCCUGCUCCUCUUCAUGUCCCCCACACAAAGACUCCUGUUCCUCUUCAUGUCCCCCACACAAAGACUCCUGCUCCUCUUCAUGUCCCCCACACAAAGACUCCUGCUCCUCUUCAUGUCCCCCACAUAAAGACUCUUUUUCCUUUUCAUGUCCCCCACACAAAGACUCCUGUUCCUCUUCAUGUCCCCCACACAAAGACUCCUGCUCCUCUUCAUGCCCCCCACACAAAGACUCCUGCUCCUCUUGAUGUCCCCAACACAAAGACUCUUUUUCCUUUUUAUGUCCCCUACACAAACACUCCUGUUCCUCUUCAUGUCCCCCACACAAAGACUCCUGUUCCUCUUCAUGUCCCCCACACAAAGACUCCUGCUCCUCUUCAUGUCCCCCACACAAAGACUCCUGUUCCUCUUCAUGUCCCCCACACAAAGACUCCUGUUCCUCUUCAUGUCCCCCACACAAAGACUCCUGCUCCUCUUCAUGUCCCCCACACAAAGACUCCUGUUCCUCUUCAUGUCCCCCACACAAAGACUCCUGCUCCUCUUCAUGUCCCCCACACAAAGACUCCUGCUCCUCUUCGUGUCCCCAACACAAAGACUCUUUUUCCUUUUCAUGUCCCCUACACAAACACUCCUGUUCCUCUUCAUGUCCCCCACACAAAGACUCCUGUUCCUCUUCAUGCCCCCCACACAAAUGCUCCUCUUCAUGAGCCACAUCAGGGCGCCACCAUCGCUUGCAGCCAUGGAUGCUGUUCCUCCUCCCUCUACUGUAUUUUCUCACACCCCCAUGAUGGGGCUGCUCCCUGCAGACAGCGAUCAUGGUCUUCCAGCAAUCCUGUCAGCUUCUGUUCUGAAUCUGGCAAAAAGUCAAUAGUUGGGCCAAAGGAUUCCCUCCCGUCGUGUUUUUCUCAGGCUCCCAGGGUCACAGUUUCUGGUUUAACUUACGAUUUGCUGCAGACAGCAACAGCAGACUCUGGAACGCCAGUGAUGUGCUCCGUUGAGGUUCAGCCCAACCCUCGUUCUGGCACCAACACCGAAAGAGCGUGGAGCCCGAUUCUGAGCCGCAGUACAGGCUGCAGUCAUGCCACAGGCACCUGGCUGUACAGCCCACCUCAGGAGACCAUAGCAGCGGUGAAUGAUAUCCUGGAGCACAUCUUGUGGUCAUCUGAAAAUGAGUCCGCAUCACGGUGCGUGAGUGAUGGUGAUGAACCUGAGGGGAUUGUGCGGGAGGAUGGAGGUGAAGUCCAGGAGGAAGCAACGACCCCUGAUGUUUUGGGAGAGCCUUCGAGCGAAGACACUUGUGAUGUGAACAGGUCAAAGGAUGCAGGUGGUCCCUUAAAAUGUUCAGAGGGUUCUCAGACAAAAACACAGCACCUCCAGGAGCAUGUAAUGCCCCUAAGAAACAUUCGUUCUCCAGUUCAAAAAGAACGAACUUUGGAACCAGAGCAACCCAUAAAAACCUCCCAGGACACCUCACACAUUCUGAUAGAGUCCCAGAUUUUAUCUUCACCCAUACACUCCAAACAGCAAAGUUCAAAGGACCUCUCCUGCUGUCCCUCCCCCAGUCCUGAGGGACUACAGAUUCCAAGUUUAAUGACGGAACACCUUCCAGCAGAUUCUUCUCCCAAAAGACUACAGAGUCCAAUCAUGAAGCAGCCAGUUCCCAUUGACUGUUCUAAAAGACCUACAGGUGUUCCUGAGGACAAGGGACCACUGGAUAACAGGUUGGGGAGCAGAGAGAAGGUAGAUGCAGAAUAUAAGAAGAGGAAAAUUGUGACAAGGAGUCAAACUAAGAAAAAUUGGACUAGGGAAGCUGAGGUUGGCAAAGGACAGACAAGUUUGAAGUGGAAAGAACAAUCGGCAAAAAGAGGUUUGCACAGCUAUAUGCCUACGUGGGAAAGACAUGCAGAAGGGACAGUUGUAAAGCGUUUGAGGCGAUCAGCAAGUUGGUGGGAAGAAGAAAAUAGUGGCAAGUUGCGAGGCGAUACAUUUAGGUCUGCAGAAAAGAGGAAGUGGGAAGGGCAAGCUGCAGGGGUACAUCUGAGGAAGGCUAGCACCUCUGUCUACCGCUCGACGAACAGGAGCACUUGGCCUGGGAAAAAGACUGGAAACGUUGCAGUGAAACGGGAAGCUCGUUGCUCGUCAGCAAGGGUGUGUAUCAGCUGCACUGAGAAAUCACCUUUAGACAAGCCGGAGCAGUUAGACAGUUAUGUAAACAGGCUGACUGAAGCGAAGACCCUGGCAAACAAAGCAGUGAGGACUGAGUAUGGUACGAGAAACCCGAUUAGUACGAGAAAAUACAAAGCAGAUGGAGUAGGCGAAGGAGGUCCCUCAAAGAGAGACACUUCAGAAAAAAUGUGUAAACCCCGUCUGAUCACUCAGGAAGUUAAAAUACCAAGAGAUGCCAGAGCUGAAGCCAGUUCAACACUUGGUAAGUCCACUGUCAGCUGCUGGAAAGCCAAGAGAUGCCAAGUUGUGAGUGAACGAAUGAAGAUGGGGGAUCUCCACACAGAAGGUAGACUCCGUACAAGAGGUAGGAAGAGGAGGAUGCAGGAUGCUGUGGAGCUGAAAACCAGACAGGGGCCUCCUGAUAAGCGAAGGGGGGGCAAACCGGUCUGCAGUGUUUGUCCGCAGCAGAGCAAAGUGCCACGGCAACCUUCACUGGACCUGCUGCAGAAGAGAGCGAAACAAAAGCCCAAGGAGCGGAACUCGCUCCUAAGGGGUGGGAAGGCGUACACUAUGAGGGAUGACAGCAGGCCGCAGAACUCCUCAGGCGUUCAAAACUUCAGGGAGCUGAUGCUGAUAGAGAAGGAGAAUCACAGGGAGGGGAGAGGAGGAAAGGAGGAACAAGAAGAACGAGAGGAUUGUAAGGAUGGUGUUGCAACCGGUGAUGAGCAGGAUUGCAUGAACGGAGAAGAAGUAACUGUGCAGGGUAAGUGCCAUGGGCAGAUCUUGGAAAGCAGAACCAAGAACACAAGAGACAGAGAGACCAAGAAUAAAGAGGUUCCUGGAGAACAUGACAGUGCAUUUGGCACAGAUGGAAAAGUUGGACAAACUGGACGGAGUGAGAUGGACAGAGUGGUUGAACCAGAGGCUGAUCGACCAAAAUGGGAGUGUGAAAACAAUCAAGAAACGAGAUCUCCUAGUGGGACUGAAAUACAAGACAUGUCAAAGGGAAACUCCAUAAUAUCAGGAUUGGCUGUGUUUCCUGGAACGCCGCACAAUGCGACCAGGACUUCAGGGGCAUGUCUGGAGUUGGAGGGCGAGGUAGACGUGGAAGUUGAAGUUGAUGUGUUGGAGUGCUCCAGCCCCAUCCGUGUCCCAUUCGAUGCACUACACUGGGGCGCAGCGCAGGGUUCAAAUGAGGCGGAGCCUUCCGAGGCGGAUGCUGGCGAGGAAGAUGAUGAGGGAGAGGAGGUUGAUGUGACUGGAGAGGAAUCUGAGUAAAGCCUUAUUUUCAAUCCCACAUAACAAACACCUCUUUGUCUCUCCACCAAACUCUCUCGAUUGAGGUGAGUUUGUCUAAUUUUUCAUAAUUAACUAGUACAUUAUAAAUGUACAUUCCCGAAAAGGUAGAUUGUAAACCAAUUUGAAAACAAAAAAACAAGCGGAGUUGCCUCAGAACCUUUAUUGAAAGUAAUCAGUUUCAUUUAAUAAAGCCGUGUAAAAUUAUACUGUCGGUGUGCUUCUUGUAACAAUGAAAAACCUUGCAGUAAAAUACCAGAAAUAAAUAAAUAGAAAAACCGUAACACCUGACUAAAUCAAACCGAUACUUAUGACCCAUGUGCUUGUUUGGAUGUCUGAUAUUGUGUCAUCAAGCAAUGAGUUACAGCGCGGCAGAAGACAAACUAUAAUAUCAUAGAAAUGUUGUCUCUU